AGUGAAAAAUCUAAAUUCCACUAAAUAAUCAUCCAGUGAAAGAAUUGUGAUAAAUUUGUGUACCUUGGAUUAUAGCGAUUUAGUAAAGGUGUGAAAAUGAUGCGACCACAGCCAAUAUUGCAGCAAAUGCGUAGAGCCCAUUCGGCCGCAUGGAAGAAAAAUCCUGAGCUGGACAAGAUAAUCCGUGUGGACCACGCGGGCGAGUUGGGCGCGGACCGCAUCUACGCGGGGCAGAUGGCGGUGCUGGGCCGCACAGCGGAGGGCCCGCUCAUACAGCACAUGUGGGAGCAGGAGAAGAAGCACCGCGAGAAGUUCGAGGAGCUCAUCUGCAAGUAUCGCGUGCGGCCCACCGUCAUGACGCCCCUCUGGAACGUCGCCGGAUUCGCGCUGGGAGCUGGCACGGCCCUGCUGGGCAAAGAGGCCGCAAUGGCGUGCACAGUGGCUGUAGAGACGGUCAUAGUUGACCACUACAACGACCAGCUGCGCACCUUGAUGGCCGACCCUCACGUCGACAAGGACAUCCUGGAGACCAUCACCAGGUUCCGGGAUGAGGAGCAGGAGCACCACGACACGGGAAUUGACCACGGCGCAGAACAAGCACCGUUCUACAAGGCACUUACAGAAGUGAUUAAGGCGGGUUGCAAAGUUGCUAUCGCUAUAUCUAAAACUGUAUAAGUGAAUAAUAAGUGAUAAUAGCAAUACAAAAAGACUAAAGAUUUUUUCACACGUGCCUUUUGCAGCAUUCCUGAGUGUAGUUUUAAAUAACUGCUUAAUCAGGAAAAAUAUUUUCAAUUUCCUAAUUUCAUUUUUAUCUACCUGUAAUUGACCAAUUUUGGUCAAACUACAAAGUUUUGUCGACAGUAGGAUUGGGUUGAGGUUGUUAAGGUUUAAGCAGAAACCGAAUUUUUAUUUUUGAAUUGGAUUUAGGUAAUUCUAAGACAUACAAACAUUAAAUUUAGAUAACGAUGUCUGUUAAUAAUACGCAUUUGUUUAGAAAUUAGUGGUAAUAAAAUUGAAUAUUGAUACA